AUGCGUUGGCAGUGUGAGCAUUGUAAUAGUGAAUUUUUCAAAUCAUAUGCUUUAACACAACAUAUUUCACAAAGACACCCCUACCUCCAAGAUAUGACAAAUCAAUCUGUUGAACAAGUAGAUAAUGACAUUUGGAAUCUUCCGGAUUAUAGUUCUAGUUAUUAUUCAUUUUCAGAACAUGAUUCGAAUGAUUCUAAAAUAUACAGAAAUGAAGUUACCUCAACAUCACCUACACCCGGAAUAGAUUCUUCUAUAGAAAUAGAAGAUAACUUUAAUGAAAAUGAAGACAUGUCUGAAUCAUCUUAUUUAGAUAUGGAAAUAGAGGAUCUUUUGUCAGAUUCUGA